GGGCUCGCGGCGCUGGGUUCCUGGUCUCCGGGCCAGGGCAAUGUUCCGCACGGCAGUGAUGAUGGCGGCCAGCCUGGCGCUGACCGGGGCUGUGGUGGCUCACGCUUACUACCUCAAACACCAGUUCUACCCCACUGUGGUGUACCUGACCAAGUCCAGCCCCAGCAUGGCAGUCCUGUAUAUCCAGGCCUUUGUCCUUGUCUUCCUUCUGGGCAAGGUGAUGGGCAAGGUGUUCUUUGGGCAACUGAGGGCAGCAGAGAUGGAGCACCUUCUGGAACGUUCCUGGUACGCCGUCACAGAGACUUGUCUGGCCUUCACCGUUUUUCGGGAUGACUUCAGCCCCCGCUUUGUUGCACUCUUCACUCUUCUUCUCUUCCUCAAAUGCUUCCACUGGCUGGCUGAGGACCGUGUGGACUUUAUGGAACGCAGCCCCAACAUCUCCUGGCUCUUUCACUGCCGCAUUGUCUCUCUUAUGUUCCUCCUGGGCAUCCUGGACUUCCUCUUCGUCAGCCACGCCUAUCACAGCAUCCUGACCCGUGGGGCUUCUGUGCAGCUGGUGUUUGGCUUUGAGUAUGCCAUCCUGAUGACGAUGGUGCUCACCAUCUUCAUCAAGUAUGUCCUGCACUCCGUGGACCUCCAGAGUGAGAACCCCUGGGACAACAAGGCUGUGUACAUGCUCUACACAGAGCUGUUUACAGGCUUCAUCAAGGUUCUGCUGUACAUGGCCUUCAUGACCAUCAUGAUCAAGGUGCACACCUUCCCACUCUUUGCCAUCCGGCCCAUGUACCUGGCCAUGAGACAGUUCAAGAAAGCUGUGACAGAUGCCAUCAUGUCUCGCCGAGCCAUCCGCAACAUGAACACCCUGUAUCCAGAUGCCACCCCAGAGGAGCUCCAGGCAAUGGACAAUGUCUGCAUCAUCUGCCGAGAAGAGAUGGUGAUUGGUGCCAAGAGACUACCCUGCAACCACAUUUUCCAUACCAGCUGCCUGCGCUCCUGGUUCCAGCGGCAGCAGACCUGCCCCACCUGCCGUAUGGAUGUCCUUCGUGCAUCGCUGCCAGCCCAGUCACCACCACCCCCGGAGCCUGCGGAUCAGGGGCCACCCCCUGCCCCUCACCCCCCACCACUCUUGCCUCAGCCCCCCAACUUCCCCCAGGGCCUCCUGCCUCCUUUUCCUCCAGGCAUGUUCCCACUGUGGCCUCCCAUGGGCCCCUUUCCACCUGUCCCGCCUCCCCCCAGCUCAGGAGAGGCUGUGGCCCCUCCAUCCACCAGUGCAGCAGCCCUUUCUCGGCCCAGUGGAGCAGCUACAACCACAGCUGCUGGCACCAGUGCUGCUGCUGCUUCUGCCACAGCAUCUGGCCCAGGCUCUGGCUCUGCCCCAGAGGCUGGCCCUGCCCCUGGUUUUCCCUUCCCUCCUCCCUGGAUGGGUAUGCCCCUGCCUCCGCCCUUUGCCUUCCCCCCAAUGCCCGUGCCCCCUGCGGGCUUUGCUGGGCUGACGCCAGAGGAGCUACGAGCUCUGGAGGGCCAUGAGCGGCAGCACCUGGAGGCCCGGCUGCAGAGCCUGCGUAACAUCCACACACUGCUGGACGCCGCCAUGCUGCAGAUCAACCAGUACCUCACCGUGCUGGCCUCCUUGGGGUGUGUCUGUACAGGGGAAGCAGAGUGGGUUUGGUGGGUCAGGAGUGGAGCUGCCAAGAGGUCCCCAGCAGUGGUUCUUGGCCUUUGACACCUGCCAAUUCAGGCUACCUACCUACAGGCCCACCAAGGGUCUCCAGGAGUUCUUGGUAACUCCUGGUGCCUGUAUUUCCCACUCCAGAAAGCACGUCUGGAUCUAAUUAGGAGUGAUGUUUAUUCGAGAGCUGACUUUAGAUCUUACUCCUUUUUAUUUUUCCAAAGUCAAAUUAUUCAGAAUUUACAGUGCUUUAGUUCAUCACAUGAUUUUCUCCUGAGAUGUGGUGACACUUAGAUUGGCAAUUGCUGCCCCCAAACUGAGGGAGCGAAUAAUAGGAAGUCACUUGGAGCCAUCCUGGCCCAAGUUCAAGCACUGGUCCCAUCACUCGUUUUUGACCUCUCGUUAUUUGAAUAAAGGGGUCUUAAUUCAUAUUCAUAAGUGAUGUGUACUGCCAGAUACACACCUAUAAUCAGCACUUUGGAAGGCUGAGACAGGAGGAUUGUUUGAGCCUAGGAGUUUCAGGGUACAGUGAGCUAUGAUUGUGCCACUAAAUUCCAGCUUUGGUGACAGAGCCGAGACCCUGUCUUUUAAAAAAGUGACAUGUACAUAAUGCCUGGCAUCUAGCAGUGACAGCACAAAGGCUUAGAGAGGAACUUGAGGCCAAGGCUUGAGCACUGUGGCUUAUUGAGUGAGUGACUUAUAAGGUGCCUGACUCCCCAGGGUGGAGACUGCAGGGUAAGAGUGAACAGGUCAACAGUCCCUGCCUGCAGGCACCUUACAGCUAAGGGAUAGAAGCACUUGGCCCUUGAGUCAAGUCACCCUGUCUGAGUUCAUUCAGCAUGUUCACUUGUGUUUGCCAGGCACUGGGGCCACAAGGGCACAUCAUUCUAUACUCUGUUCUGCAAGGCUCACCAAGGGCAGGAGAAUCUGCCCAACCUAGGAUGCCAAGGCCAGGCCCGCCUCUCGUCCCUUCUCUUCCCAGGCCCCCCCGGCCUGCCACUUCAGUCAGCUCCACUGAGGAGACUGCCACUACAGUUGUUGCUGCUGCCUCCUCCACCAGCGUCCCUAGCUCAGAGGCCACGACCCCAACCCCAGGAGCCUCCCCACCAGCCCCUGAAACGGAAAGGCCUCCAGGUAGGUGUGAUUGGCCUCCAGCCGGGGGAGCAGGGAACUUCUCUAGGUUCCACUUCCAGUCUCUCUGUCCCCAGCCCCUGAGUCAGUGGGCACAGAGGAGAUGCCCGAGGAUGGAGAGCCUGACGCAGCAGAGCUCCGCCGGCGCCGCCUGCAGAAGCUGGAGUCUCCUGUUGCCCACUGACACUUCCCCAGCCCAGCCCCAGCCCCUGCUCUCUUGAGCAGCCCUCGCUGGACCAUGUCCUGCCACCAAGUGCCAGCUCCCUCUCUGUCUGCACCAGGGAGUAGUACCCCCAGCUCUGAGAAAGAGGCGGCAUCCCCUAGGCCAAGUGGAAAGAGGCUGGGGUUCCCAUUUGACUCCAGUCCCAGGCAGCCAUGGGGAUCUCGGGUCAGUUCCAGCCUUCCUCUCCAACUCUUCAGCCCUGUGUUCUGCUGGGGCCAUGAAGGCAGAAGGUGCAGCCUCUGAGAAGCCCUCUUCUUCCCCCACCCCUUUCCGGGAGAAGGGGCAGCCCCUCCAAGCCCUACUUGUAUGUGCGGAGUCACACUGCAGUGCCGAACAGUAUUAGCUCCCGUUCCCAAGUGUGGACUCCAGAGGGGCUGAAGGCAAGCUAUGAACUUGCUCCCUGGCCCACCCCUAAGACUGGUACCCAUUUCCUUUUCUUACCCUGAUCUCCCCGGAAGCCUCUUGUGGUGGUGGCUGUGCCCCCUAUGCCCUGUGGCAUUUCUGUGUCUUACUGGCAACCACACAACUCAGGGAAAGGAAUGCCUGGGAAUGGGGGGGGAGGCGGGCAGCACUGAGGGACCCUGCCCCGCCCCUCCCCCCAGGCCCCUUUCCCCUGCAGCUUCUCAGGUGAGACUGACCUGUCUCACCCAGCAGCCACUGCCCAGCUGCACUCCAGGCAAGGGCCAGUGCGCCUGCUCCUGACCACUGCAAUCCCAGCGCCCAAGGAAGGCCACUUCUCAACUGGCAGAACUUCUGAAGUUUAGAAUUGGAAUUGCUUCCUUACUAGUGUCUUUUGACUUAAAUUUUGUCUUUUGAAGUUGAAUGCUUAAUCCUGGGAAAGAGGAACAGGAGUGCCAGACUCCUGGUCUUUCCAGUUUAGAAAAGGCUCUGUGCCAAGGAGGGACCACAGGAGCUGGGACCUGCCUGGCCCGGUCUUUUCCCCUUGGUUUUGUGUUACAAGAGUUGGAGACAGUUUCAGAUGAUUAUUUAAUUUGUAAAUAUUGUACAAAUUUUAAUAGCUUAAAUUGUAUAUACAGCCAAAUAAAAACUUGCAUUAACAA